CCGUCGUUUGCUAGUGACGGAACUUCGUAUUUCCAAAAUGUUGGCAAGUAUUUUGCAUUUUUCUCCAACGAUUUUCCACAAAAUAGCUGGUGUAUCUGGAGCAUUGGCUAUUGCAUUGGGUGCAUACGGAGCUCAUGCCAAAUCCCUUAAUGAAGAAGACGCCAAAAAAUACAAAGAGUCCUUCAUGACUGGUAACCUGUAUCAUCAUAUUCAUAAUUUGUUGAUAUUAGCUACUCCCUUUGCUAAAAGACCAAACUUGCUGUUAUUUAGUUGGACUGAAAAAGGACAGAUCAUAUGGAAAGCUAGCUCCAUUUGGCGCAUACUUCCUUAUGGCUGGAUGGCUAGUUUUUGUAAUUUAAAUACUUGGAGAAGAUGGGUUUACUCUCAUAGUGCUGGCUAAAAGAUUUGAAUAGGUUAAACCUCAAUUUAACAAUCAGUCAAGUUUCUUGACCUGCCUGUGGACGUUGCACAAUAGCUUCUUAGUUGUACAGAAACUAGAGAGAAUUUUCAAUCAAAAGUCCAAACUAUAAUGCAUACAGUUUUUACUUCACGUUGCCUUUGAUUGGUCCAAAGUCGAGCCAGACGAAAAACUUUAACCAACCACGUGAUGGUCAUUCACGCUUUCCCGCGCUUUCUUGUGAAUUGUUCUGAUAGGUUGUUGUGAUCACUUCGGCUAUGGUUUUACAACAUUCACUCAAAAAGUGCUCUGAGACCUUGUCUUAUGAAAAUAAAGAUUUCUGAUGGGUAGCAAUUGCCUUAAAAUAGAACGUACCAUUCCACCC